AUGAACAACAAAGUGUGUUGUAAAACGAAUCUCGUGGAGAUAAGAUAUACAAUUUUUAAUUCAAACUUGCUGAACACAUCCGAUAGUAAAAGGAAGUAAUGCGCGUUUUGCGGGGGAGGAUUUCCUGGUAUAAUCGGGGCGUUUUGACUUCUAUUCGACAGUACAACGAAGCUGUGCAUGCCGCAAUGUUGCUAUACGUAUUGUGCUUGCUGUUCUCCACGCAAAGCGUUUUCGGAUUAUGGGACAAGGAAGUGAGGUGUCCGCAGUUGUGCACCUGUCGCUUGGAGCACAUCACCGAAACUGCGAUCCAUCGAUUCCUAAAUCAGAACGGCGAAGAGGUCAGGCAGUCCGCACCAGAAGUUACAAUCCUGGAAAGCAACGACGUGUUUUAUGAAGAAGAUGACUUUAACGAAUACGACGAGAGUUCCUUCAUAAAGAGCGCCACUUGCAUCAUACAAACGGAAACAGUACCAGAAGAGUUGAUCAAUGAACUUCCUGAGGAAAUAGAAUCGUUGUCAUUGAUACAAGCAUCCGAUUCGGGUAAUAAAACCUUGAAGUUUAGCUACUUUACGAGGUUCCAGGAGUUAAAGAUCAUCGAACUGCAGAGCGCUCAAAAGUUAACGAAAAAUGUGUCGAGUCACUUCCUGUGUGAAAUUGAUUCAGCACUUGGACAACUGGAGUAUUUGAACUUCGAGCGAGUUAUUUUGAAACAAUCGAAGAAUCGGCAUACACUCGUAGAGACUGAUGGGAACGAACAUGUUAUUACUUUCGAGUAUGUCCAGAAAGUUGAAGGGAGUGUCCAUCCGCUCACAUUCGUGCAACGUGGAAGAAACAGCAAGAUCCUACCUUACAAAACCUAUGUGGAAACUCUAAAAAACGAGAACGUCCCGCUAUUCAACGGCUUCAGCAAUUUAAUACUCCUCAGGAUCUACGAAUGUGAACUACACAACAUACAUUGGGAAAUGUUCGAGGGUCUUCAUAACUUAAACACCUUGAUUCUAGAGAAGAACAAUUUGAGAUUCAUCCCAGAUUUCGCUUUUUACGGUACCACCAAUUUAAAAUCACUUUCUUUGGCAUGGAAUGAUCUACUAAAUAUACAAAUCACCGAUCUGGCAGGUUUAUUGGAAUUAGAAUAUUUGGAUCUAUCGCACAACAAUUUCUCUCAAUUAUCCGAGCUGUCGUUGCCACCAUUUCCGAAGCUGAAGCUCGCCAACUUCGCCAACAAUCCGAUCACUGUUGUUUUUCCAAAUACUUUCGAAGUCAUGAACACUACAGAUUCUUUAGUCUUAGGUGGUUUAGAUGAACCGCUCACACUAUUAAUGAACUCGUUUGUUGGAUUGAAGUCACUAAAGACCUUAACGCUACUGCAUCUGAACAUUCCCUUACUGAAACAAGAGAUACUACUUGGAAUGUCCAAUCUGCGAGUACUUGUUAUGACUGGGAAUAUUCCUGAAAUUCAGUACGACGCCUUCAUGGAAGUUGGAAAGUUGGAAACUUUGAAGUUGAGCAAAUGUAAUAUUUCAAAAAUCUCAUUGGACGCAUUCGUUGGAUUAACAAACCUUCGUCUUUUGGACCUAUCAAAAAAUAACAUAGAUUACUUAGCUCCCGGUACUUUCGAUGAGGUCAAGAACCUCAAAGAGCUGUAUCUGAACGAUAACAAAUUCACGGCUUUACCUAAAGAGAUUUUCAUGAAAUUUCAUCCGCGUUUAAUACGAUUGAACAAUAAUCCGUGGCAUUGCUCGUGCGAGAUGGGUGAUUGGAAACCAAUGCUAAUCAAUAGGAUCAAGCAGAAAUCCAUCAAACCUUGUGAUUCGCGUCACGACAAAGGCGUUGGUUGCACCUACGAAAACACAGUGUACUACAAAUUUAUUUACGAAAACAGAGUUGCACCGAAAUGUCUGACACCGAAGAAAUACGAAAAUUGGAGCGUUUUCCAUGUCAUGCGUAAGCAAUUGAAAUGCCCAGAAUUCAAACCCAAGCUCAAGAAGAAGUCAGGACUUCGAAAAAGAUUGAACAAACCAGUUAAAGUGGUAAGCACUGAAGAUUCUUCAAGCGUCGAGAAUUUGCCUACCGGAGGUGUAUCGAAUAGUCAACAGCCUCAUAAAAUGAAGAUCCCUAACAUUCCACAAAAUUUAUCAAACGAAUUACCGAACUCGCUUGAGAUAUUAAAUUAAUCAAAACUCAUUUUUGAAAAAUGGUUAUUAUGAACAUGUAUACUAACAAAUUAAUAAAUAAUCAAAAA